CUUAGCAACUAGCCAAAAACAGCCAAAAUGUUUUCCAUCUCUAUAGAAAAACCAUUGCUCUCUCUUUGCUUCUUCUUCUCCAUCUUCUCCUUCAUUGCUCAAGCCUCUGUUCCUCCCUCUGCCACUUUCAAAUAUGUCAAUGAAGGUGAAUUCGGGCCCUACAUUGUGGAGUAUGAUGCAAGUUACCGUGUCCUCGACCCCUUUGCCCAUCCAUUCCAACUUUGCUUUUAUAAUACCACCCCCAAUGCCUUUACCCUUGCUCUGCGUAUGGGUACUGUUAGGUCUGAGUCUAUGAGGCGUUGGGUUUGGGAAGCCAACCGUGGCAACCCAGUAGGCGAAAAUGCCACUCUUACCUUUGGAACUGAAGGAAAUCUUGUCUUAGCUGAUGCUAAUGGUCGAAUUGCUUGGCAAACCUACACUGCCAAUAAAGGUGUUGUUGGGUUCAAUCUACUCUCAAAUGGUAACAUGGUUCUUUAUGACUCCAAGGGUACGUUCAUUUGGCAAAGUUUUGAUCACCCAACUGAUACCCUGUUAGUAGGUCAGUCUCUUAAGCUUGGGGCCGCAACCAAGCUUGUGAGUCGAGCUUCUGAAAAGCAGAACAUCAAUGGUCCUUAUAGUUUGGUCAUGGAGGACAAGACCAUGGCCAUGUAUUAUAAAAGUCCAAAUUCCCCAAAUCCACUUCUUUACUUCACAUUUUCGAGAUUAUUGGAUGUAAUGGCUCCUUUGCAGCAGGUGACAUUUAGAUCAGAUUUAUCCUUAGCAUACCAAGGUGCAAAGUCGUCAGGAGGAACCAUCACUCUGAGAAGGCCUAAAUACGACACCACUUUGUCAUAUCUUCGCUUGGAAAUUGAUGGAAACCUUAGAAUCUACACUUACGACGAUAAUGCAGAUUGGAGUGCUUGGCAAGUGACCUACGCUCUGUUUUCCAGAGACUCUUGGGAAACUGAAUGCCAAUUGCCUGAAAGGUGUGGGAACUUUGGUCUCUGCCAGGAUGAACAAUGUGUUGCUUGUCCAUCGCCAAAGGGGUUGCUGGGCUGGAGCAAGAAUUGCCAGGCAGCAAAGGUAUCAUGUGGAGUGAAAGAUUUUUACUACUACAAACUACAAGGUGUUGAUCAUUUCAAUUCCAAGUACACAAAUGGAGAUGGACCCAUGAAGCAGGAUGCCUGUAGCAGCAAAUGCACCAAGGAUUGCAAAUGUAUGGGUUAUUUCUACCACACCCAGUCAUCCAGAUGCUGGAUUGCCUAUGAUCUCAAAACAUUGACAAAAGUUGCUAAUUCUACACACAUGGCCUUCAUCAAGGCUCCAAAUAAGUAAUUAGUUAAGAGCUGGGAGUUUUUUUCUUGGAUUGAAUAAGUAAUUAGGAAAAAUGGAAAAUGCCUGUAAUAUGUCCUUUCUGACGCGGAGAAUAGUGGAAAAUAACAAAAUUACAGAGGAGGGAAAAUAUCCUUUAUCUUUUUGUUUUAUAAA